AUGCGCUCGAGCGCGCGACCGUACGUCGCGGGUGCGCUCAUUUUGUGGGCCGUCGCGCUGCAGGCGCACGUGUGGAGCAUCCCGGACGCGGAGUUGAGGCGAUUGCGCGGAGAUUCGCGCGUGUCUUUCGUCCCCAGCGCGCGCGGGAUACGGCGAGUGCAAAAAGCGCGCGAUGAAGCGGCGAGCGACGAUGAGAGCGCGUUCGUGGUGACGAGAAAAGUGGCGAGCGAUCCGCGGUCGGCGCUGACGGAGGCGGACGUGGCGGCGCAGAGCGCGAUCGUGAGCGCGUUGAGGGCGCGGUGGCCGACGGUGAAAAUCGUGGGCGAGGAGGACGAAAACGACGACGCGGCGCCGAUGAGCCCGAAGCGAGGGGCGCCGCUACGCGAGGAUUUGUGUGCGGCGAUUGAAACGUGCGAUGACGCGCGAUUGCGGACGAUGCGGGUGAAAAGCGAGGACGUGACGGUGUUCAUCGAUCCCGUGGACGGGACGCGAGAAUUCGUCGAGUCGCGUCUGCGCGCGGUGCAGUGCUUGAUCGGAAUCGCCGUGCGCGGACGCGCGGUGGCGGGUGCGAUCGGGUUGCCGUUUCCUGAUGGUGACGUCGCGUCGUCGGAGGCGUGCGUGGUGUACGGCGCGGUGGCGCCGGGGGCGAAGCGCGGCGCCGUGGGCGCGCACGGCGAGCGCGGCGCCGCUCUCGAGAUACGAUUCGACGCAGAGAACGCGCAGGUGCGCUCGGUGACGGGAGAUUCCAAAAAUGCGGCGUUAAUCGCGGCGAAAGAGAUUUUGCGAGAGACGGCGACGAAAAGCGGGGCGACGUACGCGCACGGCUCGAUCGGCGGCGCCGGGAAUAAAUUGCUCGCCGUCGCGGAAGGUCGCGCCGAGUACGCUUUGAUGCACUUCGGGACGUCGCUGUGGGACACGUGCGCACCCGAAGCGAUCGUUCGCGCGUGCGGGGGGAAAGUGACGGAUUUAUACGGCGCGCCGCUGAUGCAUUACGAAGACUCGCCGGGGGGGUUGGUGAACCAACUCGGCGUCGUCGGUUCGUCCGCCGCGUGCGAAGGCGCGAUUUCGCACGACGCCGUGUGCUCGGAGAUGCGUGGAAACGAAGACUUGAAGAAGAUGCUGAAUCGCUUCACGGGUGGUGAUAGCUCGCUCGCAUUCGGCGGCGAUGAAAUUCAGGCGAGCGACGUCGCGCGGUGUUUGGGCGGCGGACCGUUGUCGGCGCGAGACGUCGGCGACCGCGUCGCGCGCGCCGUCGGCGCCGAAGGCGACGUCUCGCUUUCCGGAUACUCCGCCCCCGAGCGCGACGCCGUGCGCGGUUUGAUGAGCGAUGCGUGUCGUAUCUAUUUCAAAUGGUCCACAGACGACGACGGUCGUCUGCCCCGGUCGGCGUUCUACAAAAAAGUCGACAUGGGCAAUCUCGAAUACAUGCGCACCAAGCAAGUCACGCAACCGCUCAAAAUUGCGCGCGACAGUAAAUCGUACGCCGUCGAGGCGUCGUUUCUCGCCUCGGACGCGUGUAAGGCGCUCGAAGAAGCGGGCAUCGGCGUACCGAUAUGCUACGCCGCCGACUUGCGACCGGUGCACGACGACCCGAUCGAGAGCAAGUUUUCCCUCUUGCUCGAAGACUUUCACCCGAGCGACGGUUGGGAACAGGCGAAGAUGCUUCGACCGGAUCAAGCCAAAUGCGCGCUCAGAGCGCUCGCGCGCAUGCACGCGUUCUUCCUUCCGGGAAGUCGCUUCCGAAAGUCAUCGAAAGCCGCGAAUGAGGAUCUUCUCGCCACGGUUUGGAGCUCGGGCGGAUAUUGGCAACCGAACAUGCAACCGGACGAUCAGAUGGACGUCGUGGCGAGCGCGUGGGAGCAGCAUAUGUCCAGCUUCGGCGCCGCGAUUGAGGCCGAGCCGACGAUCGACAUCGCCGUGGCGCGAACCGUCGGUGCGAGAUUACAGUCGCACGCGCGUCGAAUAGGCGCGGAGACGCACCCGUUUUCGGGAUGUCCGGGCGCCGACGACGCGUUGCGACACGGCGGCGAGAGACUGGCGGCGCUGCAAACCGUCAUCCACGGUGAUCCGAAAUCGGGUAACAUUUUUGAGCGACGCGCGGGGGAGUCCGACGAAUGGGAAAUCGGUCUGAUCGAUUUCCAAUGGACCGGGAUCGGGCUCGGCGGUACGGAUGUCGGGCAUUUUAUGUGCGCGUCCGUGGCGCCGGAGGGGCUGAGCGCCGACGGCGCCGCGGAAAACGCACUCGUCGACGUGUACUACGACGCGUUUUGUGAAGCCGCGGCGGAAUUCGGCGCGGUGUCGAGUAAAGAAAACGCUGGCGAAGAGUUGCUCACGCGAGAAGAGUUACAAGUGCAGUAUGAAAACGGAGUAUUGGAUACGAUGCGAUGCGUGUUUGGCUACCAGUGGCUUCGCGUCAAGGCGUCGCCCGAGUCGCUCGCGAAGAACGCACAGUCCAUAGGGCGCAACAGUUACAACAAGUCGCUCCCGAACGCGUUGUGGAUGAUUCGCACUGCGGAUUUGUAUCUCAAGGCGCGCGAAGCGAGAGCGCAUUAAAUGAUUU